AUGGCCGUGUCGUGCCAGGUCUGCUCCCAGGAGCAAGCAAAGUAUCGCUGCCCAGCUUGCGGCGUACAGAGCUGCUCCCUGGCGUGUUCAAAGGCCCAUAAGGCGACCUGCUCUCCGGUAGCACAAGAUCCUGCGCCCAAAAACGCUCACCUACAGGAAGACGACAGCGCGGUGACCGUCGACAACGCGCAACCCCCUGCUACAUCUGCUGCUGCUACUGCUGCUGCCACGACUUCUGGGCAGGGGAAAUCAAAAGACAGGUUCUCCACCCUUGAGGAAUCGUCCAAGCUCCAGGAGUUAUGGAGUCGAUUCCCCAGAUUCCGGUCGCGGUUGCGGGAGAUUUACAGUCUAACACUGGAAGAAGAAUGGGUUGAAGAGGCAAGGUCGGACAACAGCCACAUACGGGGGCGAGGGCGAGGACGCGGGCGAGGCAGAGGGUCACAUUCGUCCAGAGGGCGAAACCGAGGGCCCUGGACCGCGGAGAAGGGCUUCAACCGCGGACUUGGGAAGGUUCGCAAAUGGAGGGAAGCGUGUGAUGGCGAUGGCGGUGCCUCGAGACGCGCCACCGGCGGCGCUGAGGAUGAGGCAUUUCGACGCUUUAUUGCUCUUGUGAUUGAUAUUGAUAUGGAUAAGGGUCAGGGUCUGGAUAUGCAUAUGGAUAUAGAUAAGGAUAGGGAUCACGAUACGGGAGCAAAAACAGGAACCGGUUAA